GCCAAUAGAGAUCACGGCCAAUUCUCAGACGGCAUUGAACAACCGUUAUCCACAGCAACAAUGGGCGAACCAGCCGCAGACGGUCCCGUGCAGGCCACCUCGUCACCAGCAACACUAACAUCCGCUCCCGUCGAAGUCCCCGCAGAAAGCGCCUCCGGCCCGACCGACAGCAACCAGGAGCAGGUCGUCACUCCCUGGGAUGUACAAGGAGCACAGGUAGACGGCAAGGCCGUCGCUAUCGACUACAAUAAGCUGGUCGAGCAGUUCGGGACGAGAAGGAUAGAUCAGGCGCUGCUGGAUAGGUUGGAGAAGCUGACGGGGACGAGGCCGCAUCCGUUUUUGAGGAGAGGGUUGUUCUUUUCGCACAGAGACCUGACACAACUACUGGACCGAUACGAGAAAGGAAAGCCAUUCUACCUCUACACCGGCCGUGGACCUAGCAGCGGGAGCAUGCACGUCGGCCACAUGGUUCCUUUCAUCUUCUGCAAAUGGUUGCAAGACGUCUUCCAAUGUCCGCUAGUCAUCCAACUCACCGACGACGAAAAGUUCCUGUUCAAGCAAGAACUGACUAUGGCUGACGCAUUGAAGUACUCAAAAGAGAACGCCAAGGACAUCAUGGCGUUCGGGUUCGACCCGGAGAAGACCCUGAUCUUCUCCAAUCUCGGGUACAUGAACCCCGCGUUCUACCAGAACGUGGUACGGAUCUCGAAAUGCAUCACCACCAAUGCAUCCAAGGCCACGUUCGGGUUUGGUGACAGCGACAAUGUUGGCAAACUGCACUUCGUGUCUGUGCAAGCCGCGCCGUCCUUCUCGAACUCGUUCCCGCAGAUCUUUGGCGGGAAAUCAGAUGUGCCAUGCUUGAUUCCGUGCGCGAUUGACCAGGAUCCUUACUUCCGACUUACCCGCGAUGUCGCUGCCAAGCUGAAGUACCCCAAACCAGCGCUGCUACACGCCAUGUUCUUCCCGGCCCUGCAGGGCCCCUCCUCCAAAAUGUCCGCCUCCAACGCCUCCUCCGCCAUCUACCUUACCGACACCCCCUCCCAAAUCAAAAACAAAAUCAACAAAUACGCCUUCUCCGGCGGCCGCGACACCCUCGAGGAGCACCGCAAGUACGGCGGUAACUGCGACGUCGACGUGUGCUUCCAGUACCUCCGCUUCUUCCUCGACGACGACGAUAAGCUUGAGGAGGUUCGCCAGAAGUAUACCAGUGGCGAGAUGAUGACGGGGGAGCUGAAGAAAUUUUGUAUUGAGGUUGUUACGGGGUUGGUGGGGGAGAUGCAGGCGAGACGGAAGACCCUCACGCAGGAGACGAUCGACAAGUUCCUCGACAUUGGUCCACGGAACAUCGUCACCCCGCCCGCGAAGAAGCCUGUCGCUUAGCGACGUCACGGCAAUUUGACUUUAUCUCGCUUGUAUGUUCAGUUUAUAUUCAUCGAGUUGACGUACGCGCAGCAGCAGCCUGCCAGUUAACUAUAAUGUCCGCCCCGAAUCCACCAGCGAAUGAGUUGUAUUUCAGCCGCGUUCAGUUGAUAAUAGCUGAUGACGACAGAUUCUGCAUUUUGUAGAUAGACUACAUGUAAUUAAAGAUUCAAA